CACCAAGUAGUGGAGAAAGGAGAACAAGACUCAACCAACCAGAAGAUGAGUUCCUCAAUCGACUCAAUCUCAAAACGACAGCAACACUACUCACAAGCAUUCAGCCAGCACCAGCCAACCAUCCAAGCACUCCACCACCAAGCCAUAAACCAGCUACUCCCACAACUCACCCAAGCACUCGAACUCACUCCACUCUCAGCCCAGCUGAUCACCAACUUCCUCAACGACAAACUCAACCUCUUCAGAUUCCUCAACCGAAACCACUUCGACAGCCAGCUCACUCUCCAAGCACUCUCAACCUCAAUCAAAUGGAGACUCACCGCAAACAUCGACCUGCUCUCACUCAACUCACUCGAACCCAUCUACCUCAGCAACCCGCUCCUCUUCUUCCACCCUCAACUCAAGGACCGCUGGGGAAGAACUUCAGCAAUCCUCAACCUCAAAUAUCUCACCAGGACCGAGGACGGCAGUCUGGACGGUCUCAAAGAAUUCAUCGCCUGGAACUGCGAACUCGCCAGAAGAUCGAUGUACGAAUCCAACCCAGAACUCAUCAACCAGAUCUGCUCUUCAUCAUCACCGCCAUCUUCUCCUAACCAAAUACCUUUCAGUCUACAGAUCAGUCUCAUAGUCGACCUCAAGGGGGCAUCGAUCAACAACCUUGAAGUCGAAUUGUUACCCUACCUACUCCAUCUAGUCAAAGAUAACUUCCCAGACAUGCUCGGUGCAGUCUUCAUCCUCAACUAUGGCUGGAUGUAUGCGGGGAUGUGGCAGGUCGUCAAACGGAUCCUAAGCCAAUCCACACUCGAUCGAAUCUUCUUCCCAUCUCAAAGCGAACUACUCCAAUUCUUUGAGAAAUCCAACCUACUCAAAGAGCACGGCGGACUAGUCGUCCAUCAGUACGACCCAAAACAUGAUCCAUUCAUCAGCCGAUUCGGCAAGCCGAUCCCCAAUACGCUCGCCGACUUGGAUUCCCGGCCCUCCCUCUCCCGCCAUCCCAGUCUCGAAUCGAUCCACGAUAUCUUCUUCUCUACCGUCAAUACUCCCCACCAUCAACUCUCAAAUCCAAAUACUCCCAACCGAGCCGGAACGUUCAAUCAUUCACAUCGUCGACCUAGCUGGCUCAACAUGACCAGCUAUCAUCCCUCCCAACUCUCCUCCUCCGCCAUCUCAGAUGCCCUCCAACGUAAUCAAUCUAAAUCUUCUUCUUCUAAUCAUCCUUGGCUCCACCAAUCCUCCUCAAACCCUAGCUUUAAACUCAAACUCCCGAUCAAGACUCGUCAUGAUCAACAUGGAGAAACUGGCGAUUCCUCCGUCCUCCCACCCUUACUCACCUCCGGCCAUUCCUUGACUUCCUCUUCCUCUUCCUCCUCUUCCUCUCUCUCAGAAACAGGAAGAGAAAUCGAUCAACAAGAGGAUGAGAAUGGGAAUGAUGAGAAGAAUGAUGAGGGUCGGAACCGGAAUCGGGAUCGGAUCGAGCGUUCGAACUCCACACCAAUCGUCAAGUUCAAGAAACGCAAACGAGACUAUUUCUGCAUCAAGUUAUUGAUCAAGUUUGGGUAUUUCCUGCGGACGUUACAGAUGUUAUUGAAGCUGUUAAGUUCGAAGCUGUUUGUCCCGCUGCAUCUAUCGAACCAAUAUCCGGAUCGCCAGUCUGGUCACCACCGAUCAUCAUCCCAUCAAGCCUCAUCAUUACCCACUGUUGAGGAGCACAGAUUCAACGAGGGGGAGGGAGGAGGACAGUUGAGCGAGUCGACUAGGCCCGUUCCCAUUCGCCAUCGGUUCUUCUUUUGUCUCCCCAAUCAGCUCUCCCUCAAUCAACUCUUCCUUCUGCUUAACUUUCAAAGGAAAAAAUUUCUCGGUAGUUUCGGCUGUCUUCUCCUCUUCCUCCUCUUCUUCAAAAAGAAGAAACUCUAACAUCCAUACAUACACUCAUUCUCUUUCUCCUUUUUUUUCAAUUCAUCUUUAUGAUCUUCAUCCACAGCCUAGUGCAUACUCCUACUACCUCUUUCUCUUUCUCUCUUCCUACAUUUUCUUUCAUCUCACUCAUCAAGAUACAUAUAUAUAUAUAUCACAAUGUAAAUAAUCUUCUUCUUUUUUAUUUACUUUUCAUUACCUCAUCCAACAAUUUGGUGGAACUGCUGUUGCUGCUGCUUUUUUUUCAUCACAAAAUCAAAUCAUUA